AUGCCCCAGCUUCGAGUGUGUGUGAUCGGAGCCGGGGCUGCAGGACUUGCGGCCGCUAGACAUCUCACUAGUGAGCUGGAUGUGUUUGAGGUGCGUGUGUUCGAGCAAGCCUCUCGUGUCGGCGGAAUCUGGGUGUACAGCGAAAAUACAGGCAUUGACGAACGUGGGAUUACUGUUCACUCCAGCAUGUACAGAAAUCUCAGGUAUAGCGUGUCAUUUCUAUUGAUACACACUUAGUGAUCAGUACCAUAACCCGGUGGACGAUCUUGUCGAAUCGGACGCCAUUACGUAAUCUUUUUUAUACAGGCUGCGUAGAAGCGGGUCUUCAUAUAGUCCUUAGCAAUCCAAUAGACUUCUUUAGUUUGUCUGUUUCAUUUUCCUAAUGGCGGUCAUGUGAUAAUACUCCAGAAAACUGUUUCUGUUUCAACUGUUUAUUAAUUAUCACAAAUUUUACAGAAAGCAAUAUCCACUGCCCGCAGUUAGUAGGUUAGCUAGUCGAGGCGUGCAGUGGUUACACGUAUGUAAUACGUAUAUACAGAUAGAUCAUAAGAAAGACUAGAGAAAAAGAGUAGUUAAAUAAAUAAACAAAUAAAUAAAAAUAAAUUCAAUUUAAUUAAGUUUACAAUCAUGGACAUUGCAAAUAUAGGAAGCCGAGUUUUAAGGAAAUUUUUGUUAUUAAGUCGGGUAAAUCAAUAUAAUCAUUUUCUUCUGAAAGUAUUCGGAGUAAAGUGUCGUGGGCAUUGAUUUUAAAGUUAUUUUUGGACAUUUGACCUAGGCUCUCAUCAUCUAUAAUAUCAUAUCACUAUCUUUGUCAUCAUCCUUGUCUGGUUUAUCCAGGCAUUCUCUUUGUUUGUAUCUGACACAAACAGCAGCAUUUGUUAAGUUUGCUUGAGUUGCUUACAGUGCAACUACUUGAACCUUAGCGGGGACACUGAAAGAAUAUUAAGCAAUCAAAACGUUUUUUGAAAACAAAAGAUUCUCAAGAUUUUUGCAAACGGGCCAAUAACAUUCUUAAAUUUGAGUGCUGUUUCCUGAGAGCUUAGGUAAAUUCAAAUAGUUUUUAAGUCUUCAAUGGUUGCAUAGUUGAACCUUGAAUUUUAUUGGUCUGUUUGCAAAAAAAAAAAAAAACUUCAGAAUCUUUUGUUUUCAAUUGGAUAAUCUUUUUCUAAGUGUUCCAGUUCCAGUGGUUGCACUGUAAAGAGUUGUUUCUAAAAGAAAAACAAUCCUUGGAUGAGGUUUUUGUUAUAUCCGGAAUUAUAAUCAAGGUGGAGGGGGGUGUUAUCAGCUGAGUCAAUAGCCAAGGCUACCAAGAGUUUUACUAAAAAGAGGCCCAGAGACCUACAGCUUAUGGCCCAGCAGCCCACUGUGCCCCACAGUGGUCCAGUUCUGAUAUUCAACAGAUGCUUUGUUCAGCAGUAAAUCCACAAGCGUGCACAGAUAUGCUUCUGAUAUAGGCCUGAGAAAUGGACAUCGAUGAGUUUGAAUUUGUUUACUCAACAUUUUAGUCAACCGUUGUUGCUGAUGCAUAAACAGACAUGUCUCUGCAUAGUAUAAAAAAGGAUUUGCAGUUAAAAAAGCAGAGGGAACUAAAUGACUUAAAUGAGAUAUCAGAAGAUGUGUGACUCAUCGUCCAUUAAUGAGUCACAUGAACUGAACUUUUUUUGGUUACUAAUUGUGCAAACAAUAGUCUAUACCUUUGAUGUAGUACGCUUGAUUUCCACCAUGCAUCUCCCAGGUGCAUUCUUUGAUCCUCCACAAAUAGAGGGGGUGGGGGAGAUGACUGUGGCUUCAUUUUCCCAAACAUUAGCUGGUUAUUUAGCCUGUUUAUGUAGGAGCCAGUUGUUCAGGUUUUCAGGGAGUGGUCAGUUAGAGUUUGACCUGAGUCUCGCUGUUAAGCCCAUUUACAGCCUGGAAUAAGUUUAUUAAUUUAAAAGCAAGAUUUGAGGUUGUUAACUUGAAAUCUUAUAACUUUUCAAGUUGGUAUCCCCACUUAACGAGACCUUGAUUAUUCCGGGUAUCACGAAAAUCAAAUCUAAUAAUAAAUAUUAGAUUUGAUUUUAUUGUUUCAUCAUCCAUUGUUUUGAGGAAAAUAAUGUAUGACAAACACACAGUCACAUGGAACACAGUCAAAAUCAUGCAUUGCACCCACAAACUACAGAAAAGUGAGUUAUGCUAGUAUAGUAGCUUUCUUGUAGGAUUUCAGAGAUUGGGAUUAAAUCACCUCUAAAUCUGAUUUCAUUGAUUGCCUUGUUGUCUUUCGCGAAUAAUAUAUCCAUUUCGCAUUUCAAAAGCUUUCUAUAAACAUGUCGGAAGAAAUCGUUUUACCAUCGAUCGGUAAGUAAGUGAUGUCUAUCGAGAUUAUUAUCGUUUCUAUGUCAUGUUUAAUGCGUGUUUUCUCAACAAUUUUCUUCUUUGGGAAACUGUCGGUAGCCUGUCGGUUAGCUGUCGGUAGCCUGUCGGUAAACUGUCGGUAAUGUGUCGGCCGACAGUUGACCGACAGUCGACCGACAGGUUUUUUGGGGAGCUCUUCUUCACAAUUACCAACUGACUAAUCUUUAAGUUACGCUGAGUUCCGGAAUAAAUGGUAGGAGUCUUAGCCAAUUGUGUUUACAAGUACAGAUAUUUGUCUAGUUCAAAUACUUCCAAAUUGGUGAUUUCUCCUCCCAGAACAAACUAUCGUUAUUCGUAUUCCUGGAAUGUCUUCUGCCCAAGAUGCUGUGAAAGCAACAGUUUGCUUUAACGGCUGUCAAUCUUUAAAUGUUUGGAGGCAAAACACGUUAAUUAUGUCUGGCACCCUAUUAGAACACGUUUUUUGUCUUGUGUCCAUGCUUGGAUGCAACCAGUGUAUUGAUUAUCAAUAUUAUUGUAAUAUUUAUAAUUUCCCUGACCACCUUAAACAGGGCUUCUGAUAUUUCGCGCGGUCGCGGACCCGCGAAAUUCAGGUCUUUCCGCGAAAUACCGCGAAAUUCCCAAAAAAACGCGAAAUACCGCGAAAUCCGCCAGAAAUAUUUCCAAAUACAUGUCGGCAAAACGUAUUUAAUACUUAUCUUGGCUAUUAGACCGGUUUUAUUCACCCCAAACGUCCAGAUUUAGCUUGAAACUUCGUCACUGCAACGAGUAAACAACGUCCCAAAACUACCAGGCGUUUUUAGAUGAACGUUGCGAAAAACUGGGCACUAACCAUAAUGUUAAUAGCUCAUUUCUCGAGCGAACUGUUGUCGAAAGAACAAAUGAUUAUCCCUGUUAAAAAAAAACGUUCACCAACGCUGGUCAUAUCGACGCAAAAUUGAUCGAUUUUAGCGAAAUUUGCCUAAAUAAACCCCAGCGAAAUCGGCUGUUUUUUACUGAUUGUUUCUUGACGAAGUUUCCCCCCGAAAUUUCCCGUGAAAUCGGCCGAUUUUCCUAAGAAUUUGCCCCUGAAAAUCCUUCGAAAAUUGACUUUUUUCCGCUAAAAUCCCGCGAAAUGGGCCAAUUUUUCUGCGAAUUUUGACUUUUCUUCCGCGAAAAUCGCCCUAAAUCGGCCGAUUUUUUGUCGAAUUUUGACUUUUUUCCCGCGAAAAUCCCGCGAAAUCGGCCGAUUUUUCCGCGAAUUUGCCCCUUAAAAUCCCGCGAAAUUUUGCUUUUUUUUCCGCGAAAUAUCAGAAGCCCUGCUUAAAACAUGUUAAGAAGGAAUCCAUCAGGAAAUUGAGUAAUUUAAUUUUCAGUGGACAAAAACCUUGUACCAAAAUAAAUUAAACAUAGAAGUAAUUAGUUGUGUGUAAUAACACCAAAGAAAAUAACUUAUGGGAGCCCAAGAAAAUUAAUGUCAAAUUUAACAAAAUGACAUAUUACACAUGAAAAUUUUAGAAUUUUAGCUGUUUUCACAAUUCUUGUGAAAAUUGACAUUUAUUUUCUUGGGCCCCCAUGUGAUUAAUAGUUUUUGGUGUUAUCACAAAUAACUAAUUAUAUCUAUAGCCCUUAAAAAAGGAAAAAAAAGAAAGCAAUAUUGUUUAAAUUAUUCUGGUAUGUAGGGUUUUUGUCCACUGAAAAUUAAAUUAUUACUCAAUUUCCUGAUGGAUUUCAUUGAUAGUAUUUCACUGAUAGUAUUUCUAAUUUUGAUCUACUUUCCAGAACCAAUGUGCCCAAAGAAAUUAUGGCUUUCCCGGAUUUUCCAUUUCCCUUAGAGUGGAGCUCAUACUUGAGUCAUCAACAAGUUCUCAAAUACUUAGAAGAUUAUACCAGUCAUUUUGACUUGUACAAAUACAUUCAGUUGAAUUCUGUUGUAAACAGUGUCCGUCCAUUGAUAGGUGAAGACAGUCACCAGCCUGUGUGGGAGGUUGUUGUUACAGAUGUUGAUACAAAAGAAUCUCAAGUUCUACAGUUUAAUGCUGUUAUUGUUUGCAAUGGGUAAGUUGCAUUUAAUGUAUAAUGUGUUCUUAACAAUAUAUCCUUGUUUUGCAGAAACACCCCAGCUUUUUAAAAAGGUUUUGUAAUGUUUGUUGUAAUCUAUUUUAAGGGUUAAAGAAUUCAGUGCACCCUUCUCUAACCAUCACUCUACUCCCCCCAACUUACUAGGGAUACCUUUAUACAAAUAAUAAUGGACAGUUUCAUUUGUCCCAACCAACAGCUCGAAUUAAUUUUCUUUAAAAGUAACCGGCCGCUUAAUACAGACACCGAUUAACUCCUCCUUAUUUUUUACUCCGCUUUCUGGCUUCAUGCCGUACUCCACCAUCUGAACGCCUGGAACAGGCUUUUAUCAAGAAUAUAUAUAAUUUCAUUUGAAUCGUUUUGUCUACAGACAUUAUUCUAUUCCUCGUUUGCCAGCAAUUCCUGGUAUGGAGUCUUUCCCAGGAGUUGUUAUGCACAGUCAUGAUUAUCGACAUCCUGAAGUAUUUACAGGAAAACAUCUGGUUAUUUUGGGUGCUGGGUCUUCUGGUGUAGAUAUUUGUCUCAACGUAGCAAACUGUGCAGAAAAAGUUUACCUCAGCCAUAAAGGAAGUCUUUGCUCCAAACUUCCAGAAAAUGUGGAACAACAAAGGCCAAUAAUGUCUAUCAGCGUGGAUGGAACAGUCCUGUUUGAGGAUGGACAAGAGAGGAAAGUUGACUGCAUCUUAUUGUGCACUGGUUACAUUUUUUCUUUUCCAUUCCUGCAUGAUGACUGUAGUAUUCAGGUCAGGAACAAUCGGGUGACUCAUUUAUACAAACACAUUUUUAAUACAAAACACCCAACACUGUCUUUCAUCGGGGUGUGCUCCCUUUCCUGCGGAUUUGCACGUUUUAGUCUUCAAGCUCAAUACAUUGCAUCAGUGUUAAGUGGACGAAAGAGCUUGCCAUCUGAAGAUCAGAUGAAUGCUGAUGAAGAACAAGAUUUUCAGGAGAGACUCUCUCUUGGUAUGCCUGAACACCAUGCUCAUCGUACAGGAACAAGGGGAGAUUAUAACGGUGUCAUUGCACAGCUGGCUGGAGUUGAUCGACUGAGUCCACUUUACGACAACCUUUUUAAAUACGUGCUUGAGAAAAGGAAGUAUCACGUGAUGGAUUACACGAAAGACAAUUAUAAGGUUAAUGCUGACGGAACAUGGACAAGUCAAUUGUUUUAG